UCUCCUCCAACCCACGUGUUUGACCCAUGGCGUCCGCGGCAGUAGCAGCAGCAGCAGCAGCGUCGUUCGCGGCGCGGGGAGCCGCUCUGUCGACGGCUCUCCUCGGCCGAGCGCCGUCGCCUCGUCUCCUCCUCCUCCUGCCCCCGCUCCUCACGCCGCCCUGCCGGGGUCUGGCGCUAAGAGCGACGCUCGGUGGAGGGUGGAACAGCGGCGGCGAUGGUGGCCGCGGGCAUGGAGGAUGGGGGGGCAGCCGCGGCUCGGGAUGGCUGCUGGGCGCCGCGGGCUCGGCGCUGACGCUGCUCGGAGCGGGCGCCGCGUGGAGGCUGCAGAUCGCCGCUAAGGCCGAGCCGGAGGAGAGCGAGGCUGCGCCGAGGCUGACCCUGUACCAGUACCAGACGUGCCCGUUCUGCAGCAAGGUGCGCGCCUUCCUGGACUACCACGGCCUGCCCUACCGCCUGGUGGAGGUGAACCCGGUGAUGCGUCGAGAGAUCGCCUUCUCGUCAUACCGCAAGGUACCCAUCGUCAUCGUCGCCAACGAAGCCGCUGGCUCCGACAGCCCUGUGCAACUCAACGACUCCUCGUACAUCAUCAGCAUCCUCAAGACCCUCCUAAUCUCCAAGGGCAGCAGCCGGGGCCUGGAGGAGGUGCUGACACUGUACCCGGAGGUGCGUCACGAGGACGAGCGGGGCAAGGAGGUGGUGGAGCACGGCAACAAGUACUGGGUGAUGCUGCCUGAGGGGGUGGAUGUCACGCACUUCUACGCCAGCGAGAAGGCCCGCCAGGAGGAGACGAAGUGGCGGCGCUGGGCGGACGACCACCUCGUCCACCUCAUCUCGCCCAACGUGUACCGCUCGCCGGGCGAGGCGCUGGCGUCGUUCGACUACAUUGUGCGCGUGGGGAAGUUCGGCUCCGUGGAGGGCGCCUUCGCCAAGUACUUCGGCGCCGCCGCGAUGUUCCUCGUCAGCAAGCGGCUCAAGCGCAAGCACCACAUGCAGGACGACGUGCGCCAGGACUUGUACCAGGCCGCCAACGAGUGGGUGCGCGCCCUGGGGAAGGAGCGCCCCUUCAUGGGUGGACAGAGCCCCAACCUCGCCGACCUGGCCGUGUUCGGCGUUCUGCGCGUCAUGGAGGGCCUGCAGGCGUUUGACGACGUCAUGGCCAACACGAAGCUGGGGCCGUGGUACGAGCGCACGCAGCAGGCCAUCGGGCAGCAGCGGGGACGCGCGUGACGCACGUGACGUGCGGCGCCCCACGCCGCUGCCACCGCAGCCGCCGCCGCCGCUUCUCCUGCUGCGUUUCCACGGCCGUCUGCAAUCCAAGAGCCGCUCGCCUCCAUGGCCUCGAUCCCGAGGGCGCGCGAGAGAGCUCGUUUACCCUUUCCCAUUCCGGUGACGUAUGCGUACGUCACAGGAACGGUACCGGAAGAAAGCUAAAAUAAAAUAACUUUAUAGGUAUCGAGGCUCCCGCAAGGCCACGCCGGGAAGAGGCGUGUGGCACAUUUUGGCGCCAGCUGUUGUAGAGUGCGGCGGUCGUGUCGCUACGGUUCUCUGCGGCGGUGAGUGCGACGGCGCUACGCCUAAAUUUCGAUUUAAAGCUUUCGUGACUGCGUCUGAAUGACACGCUGUCUUUCCGACAGCCCUGUUCUUCACCUGAAGACGGCUGCUUGCGUUGUGGCAGAAACAUCGUGAGAAUUGUAUUUUAUUAUGUUUUAAUUUUAUUAUUUCCCUUCUACGUGACUUUACCGAAAGAACCAAGACGGCGCUACGCCUCUCUAAAUAAAAUUAACGCCGAACCACUCGUGCGUUCCAAGAUUCUCAGGUGAACGGGAAAAGGGUUCGGAUAAAAGCCGCCGCUGCGAGGGCGGCCGGAGUGUCGCGUGACGAUGUUCUAUAGCUCUGUGACGAGAUCAGCCAAGGAAUUGUGGUUCAUUUGCAGCAAACACUUUGUGUGUAACUAGCGCGACCUUAUAAUGACACCGCUGUAUUUGUUCGGCAACCGGAAGCCAAUGCGGCUUGGCGAGCACCGGACGGACACGGUCGGCCCUUUCUCUCAACCCCGUGUGGGCAGCAGGAAGGGCUGCCCAUCGCUCAACUACCACCCACGUUUGCACCAACAUUUUUAGACUUGCCUAAACAUUUUGAAGGGGUCGUGGCGUGCACUCCACCAGUCAAACGCUAAUGCUUCAAGGCAGCCCACGGAGGUUGCGUGAAGCCCCGGCACGCGUGCGGCGGUAGUGACGGCUUUCCGUGCAUGCCGGCUGUGUUGUUACCGGGUGUGCCUGGGGGGCAGCCCCUGUCGUUGUCACUUGUAGAAGCGGCCUGCAGACUCGUUCGCUAAAUAAAAUGAUACGGAGACUUUA